AUGGCUGUUGAGAACUGCACUGGCUUCCCUGACUUCAUACUCCUAGGACUUUCUGACAGACAGGAUGUGCAGCGGGGGCUCUUUGUGCUCUUUCUGCUGGUUUACGGCAUCACUGUGAUCACCAAUCUAGGGAUGGUUUGGCUGAUCAAUAUGGACCCCAGGCUCCACACGCCCAUGUAUUAUUUCCUGAGCAAUCUGUCUUUCUGUGAUGUCUGCUACUCCUCCACUGUGUCUCCCAAGAUGCUGGCUGACUUCCUAUCUGAGCAAAAGAUGAUUCCAUAUAAUUUAUGUGCCAUCCAGAUGUUUCUUUUUGGUGCCUUUGCAGAUGUGGAGUGUCUCCUGUUGGCUGUCAUGGCCUAUGACCGUUAUGUAGCUAUUUGCAAUCCACUUCUUUAUACAGUGACCAUGUCCAGUAGCAUCUGUACCCAGCUAGUAGCCAUUGCCUACCUUGUGGGCUUGGUGGAUUCAGCAAUCCACACCUGCUGCACAUUUCGAUUGUUAUUCUGCAAUUCUAAUAUCAUCAAUCACUUUUUCUGUGACAUCCCACCCUUACUAGCCCUCUCGUCCUCAGAUACAUCCAUCAAUGAGAUAGUGAUGUUCACUUUUAUUGGCUGCGUUGUGGGGUUCAGUGUUAUCACUAUCUGCCUCUCCUACAGCUACAUCAUAACUGCCAUCCUUAGAAUGAACUCAGCAGAGGGGAGACGCAAAACUUUCUCUACCUGUGCCUCCCACUUAACUGCUGUGGCUAUAUUUCAUGGGACACUCCUGUUCAUGUAUUUUCGACCCAGCUCAAGUUAUUCCAUGGACACAGACAAAAUGGCCUCUGUUUUCUACACAGUUGUCAUCCCCAUGUUAAACCCACUGAUUUAUAGCUUAAGGAAUAAGGAUGUGAAAGAAACCAUCGACAAAAUAAAG